AUGGCAUAUGUGAAUUUAGAGAAUCGUGAUGAUUGGGAUGACUCAGUAUGGAGCAAUUCAGGUCUGGCAAGAUGGGCAUUUUUCGCCAUCUUUGUAGUAUUAAUCAUCAUUGUUUUAUUAGGGACAAUAAGAGUGAAUAAAAAAAGAGCUCGGCAAGGGUUACAACCUAUGCAUGGUACAAGUUGGAUGAUGCCUCCUUCAUAUCGACAAUCACAAAAUCAAUAUCAUCAACCAGAUCAUGUCAGAGAUCCGGAUUUACCCAGUGCGUAUGUUCCGACCUAUACAGCCACGGCAAAUGAUAUGGAUUUGGGAUAUUAUGAUGCUGAUGGACAAUUCCAUGCUAAUCCUAAUGCGAAGAGUGCCAUUCCUAAACCACCACAAGUUUAUCAAACUACUGCUGAGCAAGUCAAUGAUGAAAGAGCUCCUAUUAAUGAUAAUUUACCAAAUGUUCUACAUGAAUCAGAUAACGAUAGUAUAGGAGAUAUGUUUAGACGUCCAUCAGGUCCACCACCCAGAUCAACCACAAAUGGUUCUUUGUCUAAUAACAAUACAGGUAACUCAGAUAUUGAUGGUUUCACUCGUCCGAGUGGUCCUCCUCCGACAUUAACAACUGCAACAAAUGAAACUGAAAUUGUGACUGGUUACAAUGAACCUAUUCCAUCAUCGUCAUCUUCAAAUGGAGACAUGCCUGGGAACUUUCCAGAUUCUAAAAACGCUUAUCCUGAUGAAAAGAAGAGAUGA